UCUGUUCCCUGAGAUUUUUUACGGGCAAUGCUGGGGAGCGUGGAAGCCACCCCAGCCUGCCGGGCCACCUUUACUUGCCAGGAUCUCCGUGUAACCCCAAAUGUGCAUUUCCUUAAAUGUACGUGAGGCUCCCUGGGGAAUCUCUCCCUGCUCUGGAUUACAAGGAGCUGUUUGCGGAAGGGCAGAGGAGGGGAGCAGGGCUGGAUCGCCUUCCCAUCAGGCGCUGGAGAAAAGCUGCUUUGCGCCAGUGGGUCCCACCCCGCUCCAGGGCGGGGACUUUGCCAUCCGGGGCAAGGCAAGCAAAGCUCUCCCCAUCCCUGCCAAGGCACCCGCUUGGGACAGCAGGUGUAGGACCGGCAGCGCGUCUGUGAGUUCAAACUUGAGGAAAAAAGACCCAGCGUUUAUAUCCUGCUGAGCUGCUGGGAGCUGUGUGCGGGCUGUGAACGGUCAGGAAAACUUGAUUCAGAGCAAAACUAGACUUGAAUUGGCCAGCGCACCCGAUAGUUCCAGCUGUUUUCUGUUGUCUAACCGCCUGAGGACUCGGACAGCAGCAGAUUGACCAAAUACCAGAGGGAUGGCAACAAUCAAGGGGGUCCUGAGUUUCAGUGCUGAGCAAGAAGCACAGGCGCUAAGGAAGGCUAUGAAGGGAUUUGGCACAGAUGAAGAUGCCAUCAUCGAGAUCUUGACCAAACUAAAUGUUUCCCAACGUCAGCAAGUUCUGAUCACCUACAAAAGCAGUAUUGGCAGGGAUUUGAUUGAUGACUUGAAGUCUGAGCUGAGUGGGAAUUUUGAAAGGGUGAUCAUUGGUAUGAUGACUCCUACCACCAUGUACGACGUGCAUGAACUGAGAAGGGCUAUGAAGGGUGCAGGAACAGAUGAAGGUUGUCUGAUUGAAAUCCUGGCUUCUCGCACAAACGAAGAGAUUCGGCGCAUUAACGAGAACUACAAAUGUCAAUACGGCUGUACCCUUGAGGAGGACAUUGUCUCUGACACAUCUUCCCUGUUUCGAAGAGUCCUCGUGUCCCUGGCGACCGGGAACAGAGAUGAGGGAACAUACGUGGAUGAUGCCCUUGCUCAACAAGAUGCUCAGUGCCUAUAUGAAGCUGGGGAGAAGAAAUGGGGAACAGACGAGGUACAAUUUAUGGCCAUCCUCUGUACACGGAACAGAUACCACCUACUAAGAGUUUUUGAUGCGUACAGAGGGAUUGCUAAUAAGGACAUAACAGACAGCAUUAAAUCUGAAAUGUCAGGAGACCUCGAAGAUGCUUUGUUAGCUGUGGUAAAGUGUGUGCGAAAUAAACCUGCGUAUUUUGCUGAAAGAUUGUAUAAAUCCAUGAAGGGCCUGGGAACAGACGACAACACGCUGAUCCGAGUGAUGGUGUCCCGCUCUGAAAUAGACAUGCUGGAUAUCAGAAGGGAAUUCCUGACCAUGUAUGGGAAAUCUCUCUACUCCUUCAUUAAGGGAGACUGCUCAGGAGACUACAGGAAAGUUCUGCUCAGACUGUGUGGCGGGGAGGAUUAAAGGAUGCCUGCUCUGCUGUACUGCUUGGGUGAUGGGAAGCAAUUCAAUCACAAGGAUUAAUUUCUGUUUAAUUUUCCUAAAUAGCUUAUUAAUUGCUAGGAGCAUUGACUUAGGUUAGUUAAUGCUCUGGUUAGAUAAUUGGCCAUACUGGUUGACCCUUUUUGAUAGGCUUUUAUGCUUGGAAUAUCCAUUUGUUUACUAAUUGGGCUAGCAAAGCCCAUCUUAAACAGAAUGGUGUAAUCAAAUAUAUAAAAGCUAAGUUGUUUCCUGACAAGCUGAACCUUUGCCAUUGCAUUCACCAGCAAAACUUAACAACUGAAGCGAACCGGGAUGCAGAAUGUGAGAGGCUGCCCAGGGAAAAAUUAACCUCAUCAAUACACGUGAGAACACAGGCUUGAUUCAGUUUUUGCAAGAUAAUUAAAACGCAAAGAAACCUAUCUUCUGAAAUACAAGCGUGUCGAUCUUAACUUGCCUUCUGUUAGUGCGGAGCAUUAACAGCCUUGCUGCACUUUAUGUGUAUGUUGUCUAUAGAUCUGUAGGUAGGGAAGAUGUCACGGGUGACAUCCGCAAAAACACUUGCUGCCCUGGUUACUGGUCAGCCCCGUAGUCUUGGUCUGUCGUCUUUGACUCGUGGGAGUAUAAAUCAUUGGGGUUGUACUACAAGCCCUUCCUCUGGACAAAGUUGUGUCAUUAGAAUUGUGCCUUUUAAGGAAUGACCUGUCCCCAAAACUGCAUCUCCUCAGCACUACCCGAUGCCUUGCACUGGGAUGCCUUGUACUGGGGGAGCUCAACGGAUCUCACCAGCGCUGUCUGGCUGGAGCCCGGUGUGAUGCUGCCGUCAGAGGGUCCCAGUUUUGUGCCUAUGUCUGGCUUGGACUUCCACACCGACCUCUAGAAGAGACUUUUCCCCCAGACCCUACACACCUGCCUGUUAAGCCGAGCAUUGUUUUCACUACAAAAAUGUGGUUCUGGUUUGGUUCAGCAAUUUAUUUAUUUUGAGCUGUAUAUAAUCCUGUUUUGAAGGCAUCACACUGAGGGUAGAAUGUAAAGGUACAAGUACUGAUAGGGCCUACACCCAAUGUCACCUUCUUCUAAAUUAGGCUGCUGUUGGCUUGAAUAGGAGAUACUUCUGUAGCCUCAAAUAAAAUGAUUUUCUUUCUUGCUCUCUGUGCUGUAAUUGGAGAUACAUUCCUUACUUUUGGUGGGAGAGGAGGCAGAGCUUUUCCCAGUUCUACCGAAGCCACCUGCUCAGUGAAAGAAAAUCUGUCCUACCCAGUACCGCAGGCUAACAGAUGCGCUCAGGCUUGGGUUUGUGUUUAAAUGCCUUGUUGUUGCUGACUUUUUAAAAAUGAAUAAACAAUUCCUUUCCACA